AGAAGACGCACAGUUUUGAACAUCUUCUGUGCACCAUCCAUCCAUCUUGAUCCAACGGCCUAGAUUUGAUCUGUUCUUCGUCCCCAACGCAAUUAUCGCUCCACUACCUCUCUCUAGCAGAAGAAAAAAAAGAGAGAAAAACCCAAACCCCGAAUUCGGUUUCCUCUCCCUCUCUCUAUUUUGACUCCGCCAUCUCCAGGCCGCUUCAGAUCUAAUCGUGUUCCUCCUCUUUCUCUCUGCAAUGGCGGUCACCUCUUCCCCUCGCGAGGAGUACGUUUACAUGGCCAAGCUUGCCGAGCAGGCCGAGCGCUACGAGGAGAUGGUCGAGUUCAUGGAGAAGGUCUCGGCCGCCAUCGACAACGAGGAGCUCACCGUCGAGGAGCGCAACCUCCUCUCUGUUGCCUACAAGAAUGUUAUUGGAGCCCGUAGAGCCUCCUGGCGGAUCAUUUCCUCCAUCGAGCAGAAGGAGGAGAGCCGAGGGAACGACGAUCAUGUCUCCAUCAUCCGUCAAUACAGAUCCAAGAUCGAGAACGAGCUCUCCAAUAUCUGUGACGGUAUCCUCAAGCUUCUUGACUCUCGCCUCAUUUCCUCCGCUGCUUCCGGAGAUUCCAAGGUCUUUUAUCUCAAGAUGAAGGGAGAUUAUCAUAGAUACCUCGCUGAAUUCAAGACCGGAGCCGAGCGGAAGGAGGCUGCCGAAAGCACCCUCACCGCUUAUAAAUCUGCUCAGGACAUUGCAAAUGCUGAACUUGCUCCUACUCAUCCCAUACGACUUGGGCUGGCUUUGAACUUCUCAGUGUUCUAUUAUGAGAUUCUGAAUUCCCCUGAUCGGGCUUGCAGCCUCGCUAAACAGGCCUUUGAUGAAGCAAUUGCUGAGUUGGAUACAUUGGGCGAGGAAUCAUACAAGGAUAGCACUUUGAUCAUGCAACUUCUUCGUGACAACCUCACCCUAUGGACUUCGGACAUGCAGGAUGAUGGUGCAGAUGAGAUUAAAGAAGCCGCUCCCAAACGUGAUGAGGAAUAGUAAGCAUAUUGAUUGCACGUGCAAGGAUUCAACUUCUCCUCUACAUGUUUUAUUCUGGAGAAGUGCUUGUUUGGAAUUUGGCUUUUUCUAUUGUUAUCUAGGUAUUUCUCAGCCUUAUCAUCACCACACUCUGGAAAACGCACUCGUUUGUCUUUCUUUCUUUCUUUCUUUCUUCUUUUUCUUUGACCAAUCAAUCCUCUGUCUCUGAAUUGGGUAUUUUCCUCGAAUAUAAAGUUUGAUAUAUUCCUAAGCAUCAUGUAAUUCAAUUUAGCUCCAUCUCUUACACGGAUACAUAUCAUCCCUUAUCAAGUAAUUAUAUGUACCGUCUGAUUUGAAUCCUAUCUGUGGUUGUGGCUAUUUGAAAAAAACACAGAACAAUUUGUUAUCCAUAUACGAGGAUGUGGUUCGAGGUAA